GAAAGUGGAUGGGUGGUGAAUAGUAGUUGUCACGUUUUGUUCCAGAAACUUUUGACUUUUGACCAACCCGACGGCAGUACGAAGGAAGCUUGGUACGCAAUUACAGAAGAAAGAAAGUUGUAAUAUAAUUACUUGCUUUCAAAACAAAGUUGAAGGUUGAAGGUUGAGAUAGAUAGAUAAUUCAAAGUCCAAAACUAAGAAGACAGAGUAGACGACGGCGCGUUCAUCCUCUCCGAUCCGAUCCACCGAAAGCCUAAAGGACGGCACAUCAUCUCUGCAAUGGAAUGCAAAUUAAUUAUCCUUGUUUAUUCAUCCAGCUCUCCCUCGCUCCUCACAUUUCUCUCCCCUUGUUCAACAACCAAAGUUUUGGCUGGCUGGCAAUGAGUGCUGCUCCUGCUCACUGACUUUUCAACAUCUGUAAUGCAUCUCCUCCUGUCCUGCUCCUGGACUGCUUAUUUUUGAGCAUCAACUUAUAUCAUUAACUGCUGUGCCUGCACCUACUAACUUCACUCACUCACUCAACACAACAUAUUCUCAACCUUAUGGGGGAGUGGGUUAUUGGAGCCUUCAUCAACCUUUUAGGCAGCAUUAUCAUCAACUUUGGAACCAACCUUCUUAAAUUGGGUCACGAUGAGAGAAUAAAACAUUCUGCCCUAGGCAAUGAGGGAACAAACGGGAAGGCUGCAAUGAAGCCCAUAAUACAUUUCCAAACCUGGAGAAUUGGAAUCCUUUUCUUUGCUCUUGGAAACUGUCUUAAUUUCAUUUCAUUUGGAUUUGCUGCUCAGUCGCUCCUAGCAGCUCUGGGUUCUAUACAGUUUGUCUCUAAUAUUGCAUUUGCCUACUUUGUAUUUAACAAAACAGUUACUAUCAAAGUACUGGUGGCCACAACUUUUAUUGUUCUUGGAAACAUCUUUCUUGUGGCAUUUGGCAACCACCAGUCACCUGUUUACACACCAGAACAGUUGGCGGAGAAGUAUAGCAACAUCACAUUUCUUCUAUAUUGUCUGAUUUUGGUUCUAGUAGUUGCUUUUCAUCACUCGGUGUACAGGAGAGGAGAACUGUUGCUCAAUGUCCCUGGAAAUGACCUGAAGCCCUUUUGGCAAAUGCUGCUUCCAUUUUCAUAUGCUAUUGUUUCAGGCACUAUUGGAUCAUUUUCAGUAUUGUUUGCAAAAUCACUCUCAAACUUGCUAAGGUUGUCCAUCUCAAACAGUUACCUAUUACACAGUUGGUUCACGUACUCGAUGCUUCUGCUAUUUCUUAGUACAGCAGGAUUUUGGAUGGCUAGGUUAAAUGAAGGACUUUCUCGGUUUGAUGCAAUACUUAUUGUCCCCAUGUUUCAGAUUGCUUGGACCUUCUUUUCUAUUUGUACAGGAUUUGUGUAUUUCCAGGAAUAUCAGGUAUUUGAUGCCCUACGGACAACAAUGUUUGUACUCGGUGUGAUGUGUGUUUUCAUAGGCAUAUCUUUGCUUGCUCCGGAUGACUCUAAAGGAACUGAAACCAAGGACAGUUCUCUUGUUUCUGCUUCAAGUCUGUCAAAUGAUGUGGAGAGGUUGAUUAUGCCAUUGGAAGAUCCUCAACUUAAAGAUGUGAAAUCAUUUUCUCAUUUAGUGCUGAUGAAAGCUGUAAAUCUUAUCGGCAAGGCUAAGGCUGCUUGUUCAUUAUCAUUAGGAUUGGGUGAUGAUUCACUUCAAGCGUCUUCAGUGCUGGUGAUGCCAAUGGUUUCAUCUAAAAUGACAGGCUUUCGAGGAAAUGGCGUUGAUCAAGCUAAACUAUUCUCUGCUAGAGGCCAGGGUUGGAGAAGAAUUUCAGUGGAUGAGGAUUGUGAGACAAGUGCAAUGCUCCCCCCACAGAGUAUGGUGUGAAGUCAACAGAUUUACCAAGGUUUUGAGGGUAUUUUACUUUAAUGUGCAUAUAUUGAUUGGUGUUAAUAGUUGGAUUUGGGUUAAGGUGGUAGGGGCAUCAUUUAUUGUGACUGUGCAGAGGAUGAUUUAUUUAUUUAUACUAGUUUCCACUGGUGAGUGAGAGUUUGGUCAAGUUUUUGGGCAGAAGAAAGGAGCUACAAGUUGUCAUCAUCUACAAUGAUCAAGCUUGGUAUAGCUUAAUUUAGUAUUGUGCAGGCAGGCAGCAGGGUAGGGUUGUAUAUAACUCGAUAAGCAAAUGGCCAUGUGUAACUAAAUAUACUAUGGUCAGGGUGGUUAGUAAAUAUGAAUAGUAGCCUUCUGGCUGAUGUAUACAAUAGCAAUACCAAUUGUAAGAACAGAACCCACGGAAUUGAAGUGGGGAUUUUGAUAAAUUUAUUGUUACAAUUUUGUGGUUGUGGUGAGAAAUAGAAUACAAAAUCCAUGACCUGAGCUGAGCUCAAGUGUCAUAAUUUCAUUA